GACAGUACCGAAGCCUCGUCGCGCUCAUGGCGUCGUCCGGGUGAGUGCGGCGCUCGCGGCCGCGCCGGUGCAGGCUGCGCGACACUCAGAUUUGGGAGAAGUAGCAUCAGGAAUAAAAGCUUCUGAGAGACGAACAGCUGUGGCCAUUGCAGAUUUGGAAUGGAGAGAAAUGGAAGGAGAUGACUGCGAGUUUCAUUAUGGAGAGGGUCCGAAUGAAGCUCAGGAUAGUGACUUUCCAAUAGAGGAGAGGAGCAGACUACAAGAAAUGCUGUUCCUUUUGGGACUAGAGACAUACCACACACAGAAACUCAGCCUCCAGGACGCCUUACAGAUCAGCAGUGACAGCAUGAAGAACUGGGCUCCUCAGACUCCCAAAGACUUGCCCUGGAAUUUCCUGAGGAAGCUGCAGGCCCUCAAUGCUGAAGCCAGGAAUACCACCAUGGUCCUGGACCUUCCCCGGGACACCAGGCCUGUGGAGAAGGAGAGCCAAGUGGAAGAGGGGAUCAUCUACUGGGACAUGGCUGAGGACAUCUCAGCAGACAUCUAUUCCUUCUCCGAGCUGCCAACACCCGACACACCUGUGAAUCCCUUGGACCUUCUCUGUGCCCUUCUGCUUUCCUCUGAUAGUUUCCUGCAACAGGAAAUUGUGUCAAAAAUGUCUCUCUGCCAGUUUGCACUCCCUCUCAUUUUGCCUGACCCAGAAAACCACUACCACACAUUUCUGCUGUGGGCCAUGAGGGGGACUGUGCGGACAUGGGGGUCACAGCCCCCAAGGGUGGUGGGAAGCUUCAGAGAAGACAGCAUCGUCCUGUCCCGAGCACCUGCCUUCGCCUUUGUGCGCAUGGAGGUCAGCAGCAACUCCAAAUCCCAGCUUCUCAACGACGUGCUCAGCCCCGGCCACAGGCAGCAGGACUGUUUCUGGCAUCGGGAUCUGAACUUGGGCACCAACCCUCGGGAGAUAGCAGAUGGGCUGGUAGAAAUUUCCUGGUUUCUUCCCAGUGGCAGGGAGGACUUGGAUAUUUUCUCAGAGCCCAUGGCCUUCCUAAACUUGAGAGGUGACAUUGGGUCUCACUGGCUGCAGUUCAAGCUCUUGACAGAAAUCUCCUCGGCCAUAUUCAUCUUGACUGACAACAUCAGUAAGAAGGAAUACAAAUUACUGUCUUCCAUGAAGGGGUCAACCACAAAAUACUACUUCAUCCUGAGUCCCUACCGUGGGAAACGAAACACAAACCUGAGAUUUCUGAACAGGUUAAUUCCUGUGCUGAAGAUGGACCACUCUCACGUCCUCGUGAAGGUCAGCAGCACAGACAGUGUGGGCUUUGUGCGUAGGGUCCGUGCCAUUGUCACUCAUGUGGCCCAGUCCCCCUGCAGGAGGGUAUCCGUGGAGGACAUGGCGAAUGCGGCCCGCAAGCUGGGGCUGAAGGUCGAUGAGGACUGCGAGGAGUGUCAGCGGGCAAAGGACCGGAUGGAGCAGAUCACCAGGAAAAUCAAGGACUUGGAAACCUACUGCAGGGAUGAGCUGAGGCUACAGGGGGAACCUUGGAGAAAGGUGGCCCAGGUAGAGAAGGAGCUCUGCCAGAUCCAGUGGGCCAGUGACCCUCCGGAGAAGUACAGGGCUGAGCUGAGGCAUCGGUUACUGGAACUUCGAAUGCAGCAGAAUGACCAUGACCCUUCCUGGGGGGUCCAGGAGUUCAUCUUGGGCAUCAGCAGCCCCUCCCUGGGGGAGAAGCAGUAUUUCCUGAAGUGGAUGGAGUGGGGACUGGCCCGGGUUGCCCAGCCAAGGCCAAGACCAUCUCCAGAGAUGAUUUUUACCCUGAGACCAAAGCACUGUGGGGCCAUGGACUUCAGUGAGCCGUUCUGGCCUGAGCCCCUGGGAGUGGAGCAUUUCCUGCGGGAGAUGGGACAGUUUUACGAGGCCGAAAGCUGCCUUGUGGAGGCAGGGAAGCUGCCAGCAGGGCAGAGGCGGUUUGCCCACUUCCCAGGCUUGGCCUUGGAGCUGCUGCUGAAGGGGCUUCCCCUGGAGCUGAUCGAUGGGAACACCCUGAGCCCUGCCUUGCGCUGGGUCACAGGGCUCCUGAAGGAGCUACAUGUCCGCCUGGAGAGGAGGUCACGCCUGGUAGUCCUUUCAGCACUUGGCAUGCCAGGCACCGGCAAGUCCACCCUUCUCAAUACCAUGUUUGGGCUGCGGUUUGUCACAGGAAGGGGCCGUGGUCCUCGAGGGGCCUUCAUGCAGCUCAUUAAGGUGGCCGAGAGCUUUAGCCAGGACCUGGGCUGUGAUCACAUCCUGGUAAUAGACUCUGGGGGCUUGAUAGCUGGAGUCCGGACCGAGGCAGGGGAGAGGUUUGAGCGGGAGGCUUCCCUGGCCACUUUGAUUAUGGGGCUGAGCAAUGUCACUGUGGUCAGUUUAGCUGAAACAAGGAACAUUCCACCAGCUAUUCUGCAUGCAUUUCUAAGGCUGGAAAAAACAGGGCACAUGCCCAACUAUCAGUUUGUAUACCAGAACCUUCAUGAUGUGUCUGCCCUUGGCUCCAAGCCAAGAGAGCGGAGGCAGCUCCUGGACCAGCCCAGUGAUGUGGGCAGAGCCACAGUGCAAGUGGAGAAACAGGGUGAUGGGAUCCAGACGCUGGCUGACCUGGCCUUUUGGGACCCUGAGAAGCAGCACAUUUGGCACAUCCCUGGCCUGUGGCAUGGAGUGCCUCCCAUGGCUGCUGUGAACUUGGCGUACAGUGAAGCCAUUUUUGAACUGAAGAGAUGCCUGCUAGAAAACAUCAGGAAUGGCCUGUCCAACCAAAAUAAAAACAUUCAGCAGCUCAUUGAGCUGGUAAGACGGCUGUGAGUCAUCAAAAGAAUAAAUCAGCUGCCAGAGGCCUCCUCUGGGCAACCUGUUCUGAUGGGCGUGUCCACGUAGGGCUGUGCCCAGCUUCUGAGAGGAGAGAAAAGUGAAAAUGGGGCUGGGUCUGGAGUUGCCUACACAGUGUUAGGAAAGGAAGUUACCGCACAGACCAGCUCAGAGAUGCUUUCAGGAGUAUAACAACCUGGGGCAGGAGCUAUUGACACAAGCAGUAAAGUGUUCUUUGUGAACUUUGCAGCCCCUGGUGAUUUGCCUUUUGUACAGCUACUACUCUCUGUCAUUAGCCUCUGAAGCAGAGAGUAGCUCCUGACAACUGCAGCCCAGGCAGACAGUAAUCAGGACAGGGCUGGGAAGGUGCCCUGAGGAAGCAGGUAGGCCUUCCCACUAGCAAACUUCAGCAUCAGCAUGGGUGACCCGGUUCUGCCCACUGAGGGAGUGCCCACUGUGUGCACACAAUGUAUGGACUGCUCGUGCCUCAGGAGGGCUCCUGCUGGUUCUGUUGCACCCACAGCACUUUGUUUACACCUCUGCCACAACACUCAACAUGUACAGUGUCUUACCUGUGCAUAUGUUUGCCUCUCGCCUAGACCUG